AUGUCUCAAGAUACAUCUGCCGGCAUGGUAAAUCAUCCAGUUGAUACAUUGGACGAAGCAAAAUACGACACUCGCCAUGAUACUUCUGAACUAGAAGUCACUACGGACACUAAAGAAGCCAUAGAAGUCACUGCAGCUAAGAUGAAUUUGGAAUCAUCGACGUCUCAGUUAUUGAAUAAUUUAUCUGUUUCUUCAUUAAAUGAACAAGAGCUCAGAGCCACGGAUCAUCCGUCGCAAUCAGACACUGCUUUACACAAAAGUUCCGAUGUUGGUAAUGAGCCGAAAUCGAUUAUUGAUACAGCAACAGCAGGUGAAGAUGGACGGAAAGUAAACGCGGAAAAUACCAAUUCAGUCGCACCACCAAUGUCUAUCGUACGACCACUUGAAAAUAUAAACCCUGCGACUGAAAACCAGCCUCCUACAACAACUACUACUACAGAAACUACAAUAUCUCCUAAUACUCAACAACAUUGUCAGCCAUCAACAACCUCUAUCUCUACAAAUCCGCCAAUCUUGAGUGACAACACCGCUAUUGCGAAUCCCGCCACCAUCCCAAAUAAAGAAAUGAAUGUCGUCAGAAACAAGACAACUCGUCGGAAGAUGGCUCGGGUCAAGGCACAUCCAAAUGCCUUGACAAUUUACGAGGCUGAGCUAACAAGUAAGGACAGGGCGACGCAAAAAGAAGCUGUUCGGCAAUACUUGGAGAAGAACGUGAAGGAGGACUGGAAUUGGGUCUGGCCAGCAGAAGAAAGUGACCCUAUCGAUAUAAUGGAAGCAUUGGUCAAGAACGCUUCUCUAGACGAUGCCCAGAAUACUAGUAUUGAUAGCCCUACAUACAAGGAGGAGUGGCGAGAAAGAGAUAUCUGGGAAAGCGAUCCUAGCGAGAGCGAGAGCGAGGAUCCAACUUCCCCUAAAGGUCCCAUCAACAUCAAUUCUCCGGAUAAGGAAAGCCCUUUCCGAUUUGACAGCCCUGAUAGUGUAGGCCAAAUGGUUAAACAAAGACGAGACGCUCGAAGACGCCGACAUAAAAAGAAGCUUGCCGCGGAAAUGGAAUGGAAUACGGGGGUACAUUGUUACGUAGAAAGACGCGAUGCAUGGACUUGUGCUCGCCGUGUCCCUCCACCAACCGGACGAGAACCUCGUGGCAUCGAAAAUACACCGGUCCAUACAAAUGGAAACCUCCAUCAAGCUGUAGACGACUUCUCGGAUUCAGAAGGAUGGGACACGGAGGUCCCGAUUGCUAAGUCUCUUCUACCACCGGACAAUGCAAUGAGAGCGAGCAUUAACCCCCAAGCUUAUAGCACCAUAUACGACAAAGUUGUUAUACAGUCAUUGACACCCAGUUGUCCUAUCAAUUUAUCCGAUGUCAUACAAAGCUGUGUACACGGAUGGAAGCGGGAUGGUGAAUGGCCCCCUACUUCCUCUGUUCCUGAACCUAGUCUUGCUGGAAAGAAAAAACAGAGAAGGUUGAGCAUGCUGAGUAUCCUAGGCUUGAAUUCACCCGAGACAAAAGCACCUAUUCCGGUGGCAGAGAAAAGUCCACAGACGCCUAAUUCAAUCAAAAAGGGACUACAAAGGCUAUGGAAACGCGGGGAUAAAGUUAGAGCUGCACCUGAAGGUGGGGCAGGGGCUUAA